AUAGACCAAUCAAUCACAAGACUAAGUUCCAAAUUCCAAAGCUUCUCCGAGCUACCUAUGGCUUUUUCCAAAGUUGUUUCUUCUGUCAUUUUGGUUGUUUCCUUUCUCUCUUCCACUUCCACCCUCGCUUUCCCUGGCCCCAAUCCUGGCUCCAGUCAUGGUGGCGGUUUUGGGGGAGGGUAUUCCGGUCUUUGUCCAGAGUUUUAUGAGUUCUCUUGCCCUCAAGCUAAUGACAUUGUCAUGUCUGUUUUGGAGAAGGCCAUUGGUAGAGAGCCUAGAAUGGCUGCCUCCUUGCUUAGGCUUCACUUCCAUGACUGCUUUGUGCAGGGCUGUGACGCGUCAAUCUUGCUGGACGAUAGCGCGACAAUAGCGAGCGAAAAGAAAUCAGGACCAAACAACAAUUCCGUCAGAGGAUUCGACGUGAUUGAUGAUAUCAAAGCCAAGCUCGAACAAGCGUGCCCUCAAACAGUCUCUUGUGCCGACGUUCUGGCCCUGUCCGCUCGAGGUUCCACCGUGCUAAGUGGCGGUCCGAGUUGGGAACUGCCGUUGGGAAGGAGGGAUUCGAAAACCGCGAGCCUGAGUGCCUCAAACGCUAACAUUCCUGCACCUAAUUCCACCAUACAAACCCUCAUAGCACUCUUCAACCGCCAAGGCCUCAAUGAAGCAGACCUCGUUGCACUUUCAGGAAGUCAUACCAUAGGGGUGGCAAGGUGUGUGACAUUCAGGCAGAGGCUAUACAACCAAAACGGAAACAACCAACCGGACGCGACGCUGGAGAGAACCUACUACAAUGGCCUGAAAAACACCUGUCCAAGAAUCGGCGGCGACAACAACAUCUCUCCCCUGGAUCUCGCCUCUCCGAUCAGAUUCGACAACACGUACUUCAAGCUCAUACUGCAGGGACAAGGGCUCUUGAAUUCAGAUGAAGUGCUUCUGACUGGAAAUGUGGGAAAGACCAUGGAACUGGUGAAGGAGUAUGCAGGAAAUGGGGGGGUUUUCUUUGAGCAGUUUGCUAACUCUAUGGUUAAAAUGGGGAACAUCAGCCCUCUCACUGGUUCUAAUGGGGAAAUUAGGAAGAAUUGUCGUCAGAUUAAUAACUGAUAUAAUUUGGCUAGAUAAGAGGGGAGAUUAGGUGAAUUUUAUGUGGGUAUUUUGUAUUUCCUGUAGUUGGUGUGGUGUGAGCCUGGUACUUUAAUUUGGGAGCAAAUAAAAUUUAAACUUGGAAGUGUUA